AUGUCCGCCAUUGCCAAUACAUCCACUUACCUCGCCGAUGCAGGCGCUCCUAUCGUCAACUUGUCCGCAAAGGCCCACUUUGCAGAAUUGUCCGCCACCGAACAGCUCUACGCACAUUACAUGUCCAAGGCGUCCCACUGGGGGACGCGUGCGGUGCUCCGCUCGGUUUCGCCUGAGAGCAACGACAUCUACGACUUGAUCUUGGCCAUCCACAGGGCUGUCGAUGGCAAGUACGCCGAUUCCAUCGCUGCCAAGCAAUACCUCGAGUAUGCCGCGCAGUUUUUGUCCAAUUUGGGCAACUACAAGUCCUUCGGUGACGUCAAGUAUAUCCCAAGACUCUCUCCAGAAGAGUUCCAGAGCUUCAUUGACGGAAUUGCCGACGCCGACAUCUCCGCACGCUUCGCGAAGGUGCGCACCGCGCUCUACUCGUUAACCCAAGAGAACGUGCUUUUGGGCUGGACUGAUAAGGGCCACGUUUCGAGCUACUAUCCGGGCCAGGCCAUCACCCAGACAGAAAUUGAGACCGUCAAUCGUUUGCUCGCUGACCAGGGCAUCAUGCCAGAGAACACUCGUGUCUCCAAGACCGCCGCCAACGCCUUCACGGUUCACGUGGCCUCUGCUGACACCGUAUCGCUCUACAAGGAUAUCGAGGCCAAGGGCAUUACUAUAACCUUCCAGUUCGGUGACCACGCGUCAGAGUUUGCCCAGAUUGCGGCCGCGCUUACCGAAGCCGCAAAGCACGCUGCUAACGAUACCCAGAAGGCGAUGGUCACGGCGUAUGUUGAGUCCUUCAAGACGGGCUCCAUGGCGGCGCACAAGGAGUCACAGGUCCAGUGGGUCAAGGACUUGGGCCCACAGGUUGAGACUAAUAUCGGGUUCAUUGAGACCUACCGUGACCCAUCCGGGGUUAGAGGUGAAUGGGAGGGCUUGGUCGCGAUGGUGAACAAGCAGCGCACGGCCAAAUUUACCGCGUUGGUGGAAAAUGCCGGGCGCUACAUUGCCGCUUUGCCAUGGGACAAGGCGUACGAAAAGGAUACGUUUACUCCCCCAGACUUCACUUCCCUCGAAGUGAUGACCUUCGCUGGCAGCGGGAUUCCUGCAGGGAUCAACAUCCCGAACUAUGACGACGUCAGAUUGAACUACGGGUUCAAGAACGUGUCUUUGGGCAAUAUCUUGAGCGCCAAGACCAGUAGCAUCGAAAAGAUCACCUUUGUCGACGACUCCCUCCAGGCAGAGUUCAAAAAGUAUAGCGACGAGUCGUUCGAGGUCCAGGUGGGAAUCCACGAGUUGUUAGGUCAUGGGUCGGGAAAGUUGCUUCAGGAAACUGCUCCAGGCGUUUUCAACUUUGACAAGGCCGUGGUAGACCCCGCUACCUGGUACAAGCCGGGCGAGACAUGGGGCUCCGUGUUUGGUUCCACCAGCGGUGCGUUCGAAGAAUGCCGUGCGGAGUCGGUGGCAAUGUACUUGAUCACCAAUCACAGCUUGUUGACGGUGUUCGGUAUCACCGACGAAGCUGAGCAGAAAAAGAUCAUCCACGUGGGCUUCUUGCUCAUGGCGCGCGCGGGGUUGUGUGCGUUGCAGUUCUGGGAUCCAAAGAGCGGCAAAUGGGGCCAGCCGCACAUGCAGGCCCGCUAUGCGAUUCUCCGGGUGUUUGUCCAAGCCGGUUUCGUGCAGUUGGAGACGAAGGAGGCAGAUUUCUCUGACUUGAUGAUUAGAUUGGAUGAAAGCAAGAUUGAGACCGUGGGACACGAGGCAGUCGGCGAGUUCUUGCGCAAGUUGCACACCUAUAAAGCCACCGCUGAUGUGGUUGAAGGUGUGAAGUUCUUCACUGGCAUGACCGACGUGAAGGCUCACGGUAUGGACAAGUAUAGAGACGCGGUACUCAACAAAAGGUUGCCAAGAAAAUUGUUCAUCCAGGGCAAUACGUUUGUUGAGGAUGGCAAGGUUGAGCUCAGGGAGUACGAGGAGACAGAGGUCGGUAUGAUUCAGUCGUUUGCCGAGAGAGAGACGUAG